AUGUGGCUCUCUAUAAAGGCUCAAGAAAAACUAGAAAAAAAGAAAGAAGAAGAAGAACAAGACAAGUUACCUUAUAGUUGGAAACAAACGCUGCAAGAUGUCGAUGUAUCAAUUCCUGUACCCAAAGGAACUCGUGCUCGUGAUGUAGACAUCGUCAUUAAAAAGUCGCAUUUUAAGGUUGCCAUCAAAGGACAACAGCCUAUUGUAGAAGGGGAAUUAACUCAUGUUAUUAAAGUAGAUGAUAGUACGUGGACAAUCGAAGAUCAACAGGAAAUUUUGGUGCACUUAGAAAAAGUGAACCAGACCCAAUGGUGGGAUAGUGUCGUAGUGGGAGCACCCAAAAUUGACACAAAAAAAAUCCAGCCUGAAAACUCAAAAUUGAGCGAUCUGGAUGGAGAAACAAGAGCCAUGGUAGAAAAGAUGAUGUUUGACCAACGACAAAAAGCGAUGGGAAAACCCGACAGCGAUACGUUGAAGAAACAAGAAAUGUUUGAAAAAUUCAAAAAACAGCAUCCAGAGAUGGAUUUUAGUAAAGCCAAGUUUGCAGACUAA